UUUUACCAGAGUAUGUGGAGCAGAAGGACUUUGGUGAUCAUGGUUUGCAGCCAAUCAUCCUCUUACAGCAGACCAUGUCUGGUCUUGCUUAUCUUCACUCUCUCAAUAUAGUCCACAGAGACCUGAAGCCCCACAAUAUCCUCAUCUCUAUGCCGAAUGCCCAUGGCAAGGUAAAAGCCAUGAUUUCUGACUUUGGCCUCUGCAAGAAGCUUGCGGUCGGCAGGCACAGUUUUAGCCGCCGGUCUGGAGUACCGGGCACUGAAGGUUGGAUCGCUCCGGAGAUACUGAGUGAGGACUGCAAAGAGAACCCAACCCACACGGUGGAUAUUUUUUCAGCUGGAUGCGUUUUCUACUAUGUGAUAUCUGAAGGCAACCAUCCCUUUGGCAAAUCCCUGCAGCGGCAAGCCAACAUUUUACUCGGCGCGUACAGUCUGGAUUUCCUAGAUCCAGAGAACCAUGAGGACAUUGUUGCACGUGACUUGAUAGAGCAAAUGAUAAAUACGGAUCCUCAGAAACGACCUUCAGCUAAUUGUGUCCUGAAGCACCCCUUUUUCUGGAUCUUAGAGAAGCAGCUUCAAUUUUUCCAGGAUGUGAGUGACCGAAUAGAAAAAGAAUCUUUAGAUGGUCCAAUAGUGAAGGAGCUGGAGAGAGGAGGAAGAGCUGUGGUGAAGAUGGACUGGAGAGAGCACAUAACCGUCCCUCUACAGACAGAUCUUCGAAAAUUCCGAUCCUAUAAAGGGGGCUCAGUAAGAGAUCUCCUGCGGGCAAUGAGGAACAAGAAACAUCACUAUCGAGAAUUGCCUCCAGAGGUGCAGGAGACCCUGGGAUCUGUCCCAGAUGAUUUUGUAUGCUACUUUACGUCGCGCUUUCCCCAUCUUUUGCUGCACACCUACAAUGCUAUGCGCAUCUGCUGCUCAGAAAGACUGUUCCAGCCUUAUUAUGUGCAGAACUCAGCCGGGCAGAAUUUUCCAGGAGAUGCUGUUUGACGGCUGGAGUCGUCUUGUACAUCCGGGGCUGAGCAAUCAGCCUGCCUUAGCAGAGUCACUAGACAGACUGUAAAGGAGUAAACCAAACCAAACCAAACUCUUUGGAGACAGACAGACUUCUCAAAUGUGCCUUGUACUCUGCCUGCUCUGACUCAGGAACAAAAUUCCAGGUUGGAAUCGAAUCGAAGAAAGAAGGAACGGUAGUAGGACACGGGUUUCUAAAGCAGGAGCAGUCAGAUGGAGUUCCUAGGAAGAAAAGCAAGGUGGACAUCAUGAUUCCAAAGACACCUGUCCUGUAGGGUCUUCUAAUCCUGGCAUUCAGGCCUUUUUACUGCACAGAAUGGUUUUUAAAAAACAAUUGAAACUAUGACAUUGCCAAGCACCUUUUGGAUCUCAGGAAGGAUCCUUUUAACUGUAGCAUGCCGUCUCUGUCCAUGAUGUACCACUGCCAGCUUGUGUACUUGAAGCAGAUAGGAAAUAAUUUUGAAAGGGUAUGUUGUAGCUUCAACGUGCUGGAUCCAACACAAAAAAUGUGCCCCCCGCUCCCUGAUACUGGUCUCCAAAUACUUUUGUGCAGAUCUAAACUUGUCCUUGAAAUCACCCAUAGGCGACUUCUGUACAGAGCUGCUAGCUUACAGAUACGCAAUCGUAACGUUAAAUACUACAGAGAUGGAGAAAUCUAUUCCAGUGCUAUUUCAGGUUUCUUUUCAAGAAUGUGAGUGUUACUGAAAUGCAAAAUUGACAAAGUGCUUUAUUUCAUUUGUCAGAUUAAGGUGGUAAUCAUAUACUCUAUGCCCGUGUUUCUCGACCAUGGGAACUUUAAG